AACUGCAGUGUUCCUCUAAAAACCUUCAUUACACACUGGCAGAACAAUCGACAUUUUCAAGAGUGCAGGACUUGAUUAUUAUAACAUUUCUGAAACUGUUAAAAAAAUGUUUGAUACAUUCAUUUUCUUCUGGUUGUUCUCCUGGAGUCUGACUGGUGUGUUUGUUGCUGAUGCAGUGAAGUCAGAGUCAGUGACUGAGGGAGAAUCAGUCUCUCUGAACUCUAGUCUCACUCAAAUACAGACACAUGAAGAGAUCGAGUGGAAGUUUGGUGACUUUCUCAUAGCUAGUGUAAAGAACAACAAGAGCAAGUCUUAUGAUGGAAGUGCUGCUGGGAGAUUCAGAGACAGACUGAAACUGGAUCAGACUGGAUCUCUGACCAUCAUCAACAGCAGAACCACAGACUCUGGACUUUAUACAGUCUCCAGCAGCAGCAGAGACACGAUCAACACGAUCAAUCUCACUGUCUAUGCUCGUCUGCCUGUUCCUGUCAUCAGCAGAGACUGUUCUUCAUCAUCAUCAUCAUCAUGUUCAUUGGUGUGUUCAGCUGUGAAUGUGAGUCAUGUGACUCUCUCCUGGUUCAAAGGAAACAGUUCAUUGUCCAGCAUCAGUGUGUCUGAUCUGAGCAUCAGUCUCUCUCUACCUCUGGAGGUGGAAUAUCUGGAUAGAAACACCUACAGCUGUGUGAUCAACAAUCCCAUCAGCCAUCAGACCAGACAUCUGGACAUCAGUCAACUCUGUCACACAUGUGCAGACCGUAUCCACUGUUGUGGUUUUACUGAAGCUGUGAUCCGAUUGGCUCUCUCUGCUCUGGUGGGCGUGGCUACUGUGGUUGUUCUGGUUUAUGACAUCAGAUCCAGAAGUCUUCAACAGAAGAAGAGCGUCCAGAAAUAACCAUCAAACUCUGAUUAAUCAGAUACUCAGGAAGAUGGAGAUGAUUCUGAAUGACAAGCGAUAUUACAUUAUAUUAUAAGACAUCUUUUGAGUUAAUAGCAUUCAUAGAUAGAUAGAUAGAUAGAUAGACAGACAGACAGACAGAUAUAUGAUAGAUAGAGAGAUAGAUAGAUAGACAGACAGACAGACAGACAGAUAUAUGAUAGAUAGACAGACAGACAGAUAUAUGAUAGAUAGAUAGAUAGAUAGAUAGAUAGAUAGAUAGAUAGACAGACAGACGGACAGACAGAUAUAUGAUAGAUAGAUAGAGAGAGAGAUAGAUAGACAGACAGACAGACAGACAGACAGACAGAUAUAUGAUAGAUAGAUAGAUAGAUAGAUAGAUAGAUAGAUAGAUAGAUAGACAGACAGACGGACAGACAGAUAUAUGAUAGAUAGAUAGAGAGAGAGAUAGAUAGACAGACAGACAGACAGACAGACAGAUAUAUGAUAGAUAGAUAGAUAGAUAGAUAGAUAGAUAGAUAGAUAGAUAGACAGACAGACAGAUGGACAGAUGACAACAUCAUCCUGAAAACAUCAAAAGAAGUAUCAGUCACUGGUCUGGUCUUCAGAAAAUGAGGAUGUCUUGUGUUUCCAGACCUGUAGUUACAACAUCUACCAGCAAUAGGAUCUACUAAAAAUACAAAGAGGCCUACUGUGAAAAUCCUCAAAAUUUAAAAAAAAGUUCUUGUAUUAUAAAGCAAAAUGUUAAGAGGAAACCAUUCCAUGAAUACACAUAACCUUCACUAUGAUAAAUAUUAAAAACAUUUAAUCACAGUAAGGAAAAUUACCUGCUGAGACAGAAAAUAAAGUUUGUUGAUAUCAAGACUAGGAUCAGGCUGUGAUCACAUAAAAUAAUGUGUUGUUUACUAUGUUCAGUCACUAGUAGGCGCUACAUCAAGGUCUGUAUGAGAGACUCACUGUCUGAGAGAGCCAUAUUGAUUCAUCACAUUUUUGGCAGAACAACACAAGCACAGAUGAUGGUUUAGACCCUGUCACACUCAUAUUUCAUAGUUCUAUAAUCUUCAAAAAUGUUUAAAAGAAGCAAAUUUAAAUGUAAUUGUUCAGUAUUAAAAACAAAAUUUCCCAUGCA